AUGGAACAAAACAUUUGGUCAGGACGUGUAUCAAAGAAAUGGGCUGCCAUGAAUAGUAUGUAUUAUACUUAUGGCCGAUCAAAAACAUUAAUUUUACAACGUCUCAAAACUAUCCAACGACAACUUCAACAAGCAUCACAAGCAUUGCAAAAUUUUGGUCAACAACCAUUACCUCAAUGUAUAUCAGAAAUGAAUCCAUCAUUGGAUUUUACAAAACUGAACGCAAUUGUUACAGCUGUUGUGCGUAAAGAUCAACAUAAAUUAAAACAACAAUUUGAAUAUAAUAAAAAAAUGUUAAUGCUUGACUCAACAGAUCAUCAUUUAGUACAAGCAGUUUAUGAUUUUAAACCAAGUCAACAACAAAUUCGUUGUAUUCGUAACAUAUGGAAAGCAACUGGAAAUAAAAAACAAAUGGAAGAACAAAUUCAAAUAUUAAAGCAUCGUAUUCAUUCGAAUUGUUUACCACCAGCAUUCAAUCUUCUUGAUUAUUCACUUGAUAGAAUUGAUAAAAUACUUACUCGAUCCAAACAAUGUUCUAUGAAUGAUAAUGAUAACAAACAACAAACAAUAUUAAAUGCACGUCGUUUAGAAAAAGUUGGUCGAUUUAAAUAUGAUAUGCUUCAAUUAAGUAUAGCAGCUGGUGAAGAAAGACUACGAUUCUAUAAUAAAAUAGUGCAAAAGGAAAAAACAAAAUUAAUUAGUGUGACUGAUAAGUUAAAGAGUAAUAAUUCAACUUCUGAUAUUUUUAAACAAUUAAUGGUAGCAAUUGAAGCACGUGGGAUCAUUGUAUAUAAAUCAGCCACAUCAAAUAUAACAAAUAGUGUUGUUGACGUAAGAUAA